UACUGGCCCCCUUCUUUCUCUCUCCCUCACCUCCUUUUCACUUUCCCUUCUCUCUUUGCUGGCCCAUCUUCCUGCAAACCUAGCGAACUCUUCUGCCUCAUUAUUAAAUCUUCCUCUACCAGCAACUUUCAUUCCAUCUCUACCUCUUCUUCCUUCCUCUGAAGAUUUUUAUUUAUGUCUCUGUUUCUUGAAAACGUUGAAUCUUGGCUUCCUGCUGAGUUUCUUACUGAGGAAGAGUUGCUCAUGGACAAGGAGAACUUUAAUGAUAAUGGGUUGAGUUCUGAGUGUAAGCAUGGUUUCAGUUUUCCCACUGAGUUUCCUUACGAGUUUGAGUCCUUUGGAUCCUCUGUUUCUCUUAGCUCGCCGGAUGAGUCCGUUGUUGGCUCUACUGAAACAGAGAGCAGUGAUGAAGACGAUUUUCUAGCUGGGUUAACUCGCCGGCUGACUCAACAACUCACUCUCAAACCCGAGAAGUGGGUCAUGGCCGGGUCGCCCGAGUCGACACUGAGUGGAAUGCGAAGCUGCUCCGUCUCAAGCAGCGGUAGCCCAAACGGGGUUCUGUCGCCGCCAACAACGCCUUUCGAGGCCAAAAACGAUAUGUGGGAUCUCAUAUCCGCGGCUGCGGGCCAAGUCGCUAGGUUAAAGAUGAGCAAUGAAGGCAACCAGUACGGUAGCCAUCAAGGGAGGGGGUUACUGGAUCCUGUAAGGACCCAAAAUCCAGACACUACUCUGAAAAAUCAGAAUCCAGGGCUUUACUCGAGCCAGAGCUUUGGCCACCCUGUUUCACAAAUGAAUCAGUACCAUUCUCAAGUGAGACAAGAGCAGCUGCUAAAGCCUCAGUGCCCUUCAGUUUGGGGAAGACAGCAAGUGAAGGUGGGGUGGCAAGCUCAGCCACAACCACAGCCCCAUCUUCAGCAGCAGCACCACCCGCAGCCCCUGACACAGUCCCACUACCAGCACCAGCCCCAGCAACAACAGAUCCAGAGCAGAGCUAGAAACGUAGUGGGCUGUGAAAGUGGGAGAUGCAUGCGUCCUCUGGGUCUACCACAGUCUGCUUGGCCACCUCUUCAAGUUCAAUCAAAUCAAAACCAUCAAUCACAGCAACACUCCACCACAGGCAUGAGAGCUGUAUUUCUCGGUGGAUCUGGUGCUAAAAGAGAAUGUGCUGGUACUGGUGUUUUCUUGCCUCGUAGAUACGGCAACCCCCCUGAUUCCAAGAAGAAAUCAGCUUGCUCAACUGUGCUACUCCCAGCAAAAGUGAUUCAUGCUUUAAAUUUGAAUCUCGAGGAAAUGAACAAGAACAUCCAAGCUCAAUCACGCAUUAAAUGUUCAUUAACCUCUGAUUACGAUGCUUUAAUGGCAAGAAGGAAUGCAAUUCUGGCACAGCAGAAGAGAAACUUAAGAGCUGAAAGUGUCCUCAACCAUGAAAUAGGCUUGCCUCAAGAGUGGACAUACUGAUAAGAGUUGUUUUUGUUGGAGAAACAGGAGACAAGUACAGAGGUAGAUGAUAUUGUGGUUUUUUUCAUAGGAAAAUGAACUGAAGAAGGGAAAUGAGAAUUUAAGAAAGGUAGGAUUAUUAGUUUUUGGGUUCUUUUGGGAAGUUUUUUUAGAUGAUUCAGCAAUAGGAAUGAAGCCAGAUAGUGUAGUAGAAGAGAGGUAUUUUAUUAUUAUUAUAUUAUUGUAAUAAGUGGGUUAUGUGUUGAAAUUAGGGUUCUUUUGUAAGGGACAAUGGCGUUUUGAUUUUCUAGGCAUAGUAUGUGGUUUAUGCUAUUUAUUUAGGGGAAGAUUUUCCUGGAAAAUAGAAGCUUUUGAGAAAGUUCAUGCUUGAACCUUCUUCUAGUGUUGUAAUGUCCCUUGGCAGCUAAAAGAUUAAAAUAAGAACAGCUCUUUAAUUCUUA